UCCACCUCUUUGGCUUGCCUCCUUAUGCAACACAUGGAAGAGAACAUGGAAGCUGUGAGUUAAGAAGACUCUGCUUAACUUUUGAUAGAUUGCCGUAAAUGGAAAGGGAUAUUUCCUCACUUGAAUGCAUGGUUGUGUUACAUCAGAGCCCUUUAUUGUUAAUUUUGAAGAAAUUGAAACACUAAGAUGGUAAGUUGCUGUUAUCCUGAUGUUAAAAUCAAGAUGACUGUUCUCUCUAAGUUGCCUACUGGGCAAACGGGUCAGCCGAUCCGAUGCAGUCACUAUGGGUCUGCACUACAUACUGCAUCACCUCGACCAACCUGAGACACACGCCAGAUACUGUUCAUGGGUUUCAGUUUGGCCUUCAACACCAUCAUCCCAGACAUGUUCCACCAGAAGCUCACCCACCUCCACCUGCCAGUGGAUCACCAGCUUCCUGAUGCCCAGACCAGCACUGGCCUGUCACCAUAUCAGCAGCAGGUGUUUGCAGACUGUGUUGAACGGUACCACCCGGCGCCGCCUGAUGACGUUUCUCGUUCGGCGGGUUAUUUUCGAUGCAGUGGCGCUUUUGAUGUAAACAAACACACAGUCGGACGGACGGAGGUCAGCGGGAUGAACUGCGACCAACUACUGCUCCACCCGCGGGUCAGCGCUGCCCUGAGGAGAGUUCAGCUAAUGUCUGUGAAGGAUGUGGUUUGUGCUUCUGCUCCAGACCUGCAGAGACUCACCGGUUUGUCCAACUCUGAUGUCCAGCAGCUGAUCACUGCUGCCGCUGCCGUCUGCAGAAGGCACCCUCCAAUCACAGCACAGCAGCUGCAGCACGGCGUGUCUGGCGCCCAGCUCAGGCUCGGCUGUCCAGUUCUGGACCGCCUUUUGAGGGGCGGUUUGCCUGUGGGGGGCAUCACUGAGCUGGCUGGAGAGAGUGGCACCGGCAAGACUCAGGUGGGCCUGCAGCUCAGCCUCUCGGUGCAGUACCCAGCAGAGCACGGAGGGCUGGGAGCAGGUGCGUUGUAUGUCUGCACUGAGGACUCAUUUCCCAUUAAGCGUCUGCACCAGCUGAUUGGCGAGCAAGUCUGUCUGCGUUCUGACGUUCCUGCGGACCUUGUAAGCAGUCUUCGCUUCAGCGACCACGUUUACAUUGAGCACACCGCGGACCUGGAUUCCCUCCUGGUGUGCCUAACACGCCGCGCCCGCCUCCUACUGACACGCGGUCUGGUGCGCCUAAUCGUGGUCGACUCAGUGGCAGCGCUGUUCAGGACCGAGUUCCAGGCCGAUGAUUGGCUAGAGAGGAACAGACAGCUACUCACCUUCUCCUCCAUGCUGCAUCACCUGAGUCAGGAGUUCAGCACACCUGUGCUCUGCAUCAACCAGGUGUUUGUUUUCCAGGUAACAGAUGUUUUCAGCCAAUCACACAACAGUAUGGGGCCUUCGCUGUCCACCGUGUCUCCUGCUCUUGGGUUGGCGUGGGCCAAUCAGGUGAUGGUUCGGCUGAUGAUGAGCCGUCUCCAAGGAACGGUCGUCCGUGGUGACCAGAGCAGUGCUCUCCGCAGGUUGGAGGUGGUGUUUGCGCCUCACCUGGCACGUGACGGACAAAACGCUGCCGUGUGGAGGGAGGGGCUCAGAGGAGUUGAGAGCUGGACUUCAAAUAGAAAAUAAACUUUAUUAAACAGCAUCAGUAGCAUCAGAUUAUUAAAGAGUGAUCACACUGUUUCCUGACUGUUCUGAAGGUUGUGGACACUGAUGCAUUGACUGGGGGUCAGACAGGUGUGUUAGUGGCCUCAUAUCUCUUUGAUCUGGACAGAAUGAGCUGGGAGGUCCAGACUGAUACAUGAUCCUGAUUUUGCUGUGCAGGUUGACUCUGGUCUGUUCAGGAGCCUAUGAUUCGGUUCUGGUUGACCCGCUAAAGUGGAUUCAGAUUAUUUUCAGACUGAACCUUUUCAAUUCAAUUCAAUUCAAUUUUAUUUAUAUAGCGCCAGAUAGGGUUGCCAACCGUCCCUUAAAAUACGGAAUCGUCCCGUAUUUCGAAACAAAA